UGCCCCACGCCGGGGGAAAGCUGGUCUGAAACACCCUCGUGUUGUGUUUGCCCGGCUUAAAAACUGCAUUUUCAGGAACUCCUCAGGCCCUGAAAAGCCAUUCAGGUGAAAAAAUUAUCCAAAAAGAGUAUUUUUCAAGGGGGAAUUCAGUGGUCAUGACCGCAGCCACGUCACACUUGAGCCAAACGCGUGGCCGGUUUAUCCAUCACUAAGAGAGAAUCGAGCCCCAUCCUGCCCUUCCAGAUCCUAAAUCUGACCCUCUCCGCUCCAGAAUAACCUAAAAAUAAAUAAAUACAUAAAUCAGGAGGUGCACAGGCUUGGCCAGCCUGUGCUCAUUUCCACCACGUCUUCUGUGGCAGAAGUAAAUCCUAUGAAAGGGAAAUCAAACAUAGCCCUCAGCCCCUGGUACAGGUGAGUCUCAUCCUAGCACAAGAGACCAGCAAGUUGCAAGCCCCUUUUUCUAGAUUUUACAGGAAAAAAAAGCCCUAUAGGGUUUGCAGGGUCACCUACAACCUCCUACUGCAACAGACCCAAAGGUUUUGCCUCCACCUCGUGCAUCAGCUCUGCUGCUGCAGGUGGCUUUUGUGAGCUCCGCCUUGGGAAUUUGUUGCAGAAUCCCUGUUUUCUGUUAAAACCAAGUCUUUCCUGUACGUGGGAAGAGGAUGGUGUGAGGCCUUGUUUGGGUUGUUCCUCCCCAGGGCAGGCUGGCCUCCCUGCUCACCAUUCACCUCCAGCCCUGGAGGUGCCAACCAAACAGGAGCCAGGUCCCUUCGGACGCCUCAUUAUUUCAGUUUGCCGGCAGCACUGCUCUUCCUCCCUUGGCAAUUUUGCUGUGGGUGUUUGUGACUUCUCAUUUUCCAUGCCCUUAACCCUCAGAGGCUCUUCUUUACCUGCCGCCUUGCAUCCCGCUCUCUUUCAGAAAGGUUUGUUUUCCAGCAAAAACAAAACUGCCAUCCUCUCCCCGAGCCCAGGGUUGUUCACUUUGCUGUGGCCUUCACUACAGGGCUCUGGUUUUGGUUACUUCUGAAUUAGUUAGGGCCCUCACUCACCCUUUGCAAGGUGCUUUAAGAGCUCAUGAUGAGCAUUGCCCUGCAAGGAGCGAGUGUGGCUAGAAACUGCAGGAGCAGCAACUUUUAGAGCACAACGGGAGAAGUCAAGUGCACAGAUUAAACCCUUUAGCCAAACGCUAAAUUCUCCAGCUGUCAUUAGACACCAAAAUAUUUCUGGUUCGGAGUUCAAGGGGAGUUGAAAGAUGCUGAUGUAGGUGUUAAUAUCACUGAAAAAUCAGUGCAGGUCUCCCACUGCUCCUAGAAAAUGUAAUCCUGAUUUACACCAGGACGUAACUUGCUCCGUGUGUCCCUUGCUUCACUGCACGCAGUGAAACUCUUCCUCCCAACGUGAGCAAGUGCAGGGAGGGAGGAUUUCUUCCAGGGAACAGGACAAGCCAACACAUCCCGAUGAUUACCAAGAGAUGAUUUUAUUCACCCACGUCACUCCAAUUCUCCCUCCGUGUCCCUCCUCCCCAUCAAGCCCAUGCUGUUUGAGUCACUGGGUGGGACUUAGGGGCUGGAAGUGAAUUGCGAGCAGUUUUCUAAUUUCCUGAGCCUUGGCUGCCUCUACAUGGUUUUGGACAUCAUCCAUGGUCUUUCAGAGACAUCUAGCUCUUCUGAAAAUAAAUCAAAGCAGAGGGAUAGGAACCAGACGAAGCGAUUUGGACACCCUACAUCUCCACCAGCUUGCCUGCUCUCCUGCUCCUUUCCCAUAUAUUUCCAGGGCAGUUUUGGAUCUGGGGGUAAAAGAUGCAACAAACCGAGGACCACGAGGCACUGCCAUACGCACCUCAGCUCAGAAAGGCCUCCAGGGUUACCUGAAGGCAUUUUUAACUUGUAAAACCCAAGGGUUGGUUCGAAAGCUGGUGCUGAAGGUGUUUUACAGCUCGUAAACAAGUGAGGCAAAAGCUCAGAGGGCAGCAAGAAGGGGCUGGUUUCCUCAGACCUCUCUUUUGCCCCUUCAAAUAGUAAUCCUUAGCUUCCUUGCCUCAGUUCUCAGGGUCUUAAGGAGUGAUAGGGGACUGGUGAGUACAAGACAAAUCCCAGGAAAAUGUCCCACCUUGGGCUCUUGGUGCCUGGGGUUUGUCUGGCCAAGGGCAACUUCUGAUGGUCUUUUUGGGGAACUUCUUCUGGAAGUUGAAUUAUGUGACAUAGCCCAAGUGGUGGCAGUGCCUUUCGUAAAAAUAGUUUAGAAAAGCUCUUUCCUGGAGUUCAUUUAACACAGCUUGAGCUCCCAAAGGGCCCUGCAAACACAUCCCGUGAUCCCGUGGCAGAAGCCAACUCAAGUCACAAAUAGGAUGGGAAGAACCAAAGGAUGCGGCACCAUAAAUUGUUCCCUCUGAAGCUUUGUGCUGAAACCCUGGACUCUCUGAGAAUCUAAACCAGUGAUUUUACCCCAAAGAUACCACCUCACGCUUGCAGUCUCUUUGGGAUCCACAGCUUCUUGGAGACACCCUGCAACGAGAAACACGUUCCCCAGAACCCCUCUUCAUCCCAUCCUCUGCCUGGAGGACCCACCAGCAGAGACAGAUCCGAGCGCAAUCAUAGGGCACACCUCAAGAGCACGAGCUAUAGCACGGGAAAUAGAAAUAUUUAUUAUUUUCCCUUUAUGAGAAAUAAAGGGGAAAAGGAAAUAUCUCCAGCAUCUCACGGUCUGACGCUGAUUUAACCAUCAAGUCUUGCUUUGAGCAGAGGGUUGGACCAGACCCCUCCAGAGGCUCUACACCCUGGAUUAUCCCAUAAAUCAGUCUUCUGAAAGAAAGCCACAGCCACCGAGCCCUGCAGGAUGGUUGCCCUGGCUGUGCACCUUCGUUUAGGGCUAACGAGCCCUGCUCCAGCUUGCUGGAGCGGUUGUCAGGGAGGUUGCCAGGGAGGCUGACAUCAGACGUCCCUUCCCUAUAGAUUAUCGCGCACAGCGGCACCAUCGGUUCCUGCUGGAAGAUGGGAGGGCACCCAGAGGAAGCCCCCGAGGGCAUUUUGCGUCACCAGCCUGGGUUGCCUAGCACCGCUGGGACCGUGGAGAAGGGCCACCAGAUUUUUUUUCCCCCCUGCGUGUCCUAUCUGGGAGCCAAACGGUGCCGGGGACGGAGCAGAGGAGCCACGGAGGAGAUGGCAGAAGAAGCCGGAGAGCUCAAGGUGCCCUUCGUCCACGAUGACCAGCUCACCCGCUGCAUGCGACUGAGGGUCCAGAGCCUGCAGCAGAAAAAAGGCAGGCCCCAGGACGGCGAGAAGCUGCUGCAGCCCAACGAGCACGUCUACCGGGUGGAUUUCCUCCGGCAGCACAACCUGCGCUUCCUCCGCUGGGACAUCCAGCUGGAGAAAUGUGGGAAGGUGACGGUGACCGGCACCUCCCAGCACUGGACUCCCGAUCUCACCCACCUCAUGAACCGGCAGCUGCUGGAGCCCGUGGGCAUCUUCUGGAAGAAGCCAGGGGCCGAGGAAGUGGAGUGCAACGAGGCCGAUGCCCAGGAGUUUGGGGAGCGGCUGGUGGAGUUGGCCAGGAUCCGCAAGGUGAUGUAUUUCCUCCUCGCUUUCACCGACUGGCCUUGAACCUGCUCAGCUGAAGGGCUCCAUCGUUUUUAAAGCCUGACUCCCUUUUGCCCGGCCCUCCUUGCUCCAGCUAUGCUUCUGUCUUUGUUUAUUUUAUUUCUUCCAUUCAGUUUUUCGUUGCUUUUACGGGGUUCUUCAUUGAAGGAUGGCGUCACAAAAAAAAAGCGGAGAACAGCGUGGUGCUUGGGGAGCCCCUCACCCCUGAGAAACAUUCCCAAAAUGUGCUCCCGCCUGUCUGAGCGAUGGGGAAGAGGGAGGAUGAGCCAUGCUGUAUUUGCCUAAGUGAACUCAGCUGGGAUUCACCAAGCCUGACUGGCAGGGCUUGGAAAUAUUUGGCUCCCUAACCUCUCCAACCGUGGCACCUGGAUACAAAAAGCCUGAUGGAAAAAUGAGAACCUGCCACGCUACGAACCUGGAGAGAGCCCUGGCUUCCAGUUUCCACCCCAACCAUCCAAAAGAGGGGGCUUGUUGGAGAUGGAGCACUUCUUGGAAGGAUGCUGAGUGCUGGCAGUGGCUGUGGCUGCUCAAUGUCUCCAAAGACCGGUCCUGUGGAGGCUCACCGUGCCGUCAAGCCCAAGAGGGGAGGUGGGAUUCAGCUUGUUGCCCACCUUGUGCUGCCUGGGGAUUUUUGGAAACGGGAAGGGUUGGAGCAGGAAUUUGUGUGCAGAGCCGGGCAAGCGAGCCAGCAGCUCAGAGCAGGCUGUAGGUCUGAGCCAGCGGGGAGUCGCCUGCAGCAAAGCCAAUUUGUGCAUCGUUGUGGCCUCAAAACACCCAGGAAUAUAUUUAUCCUCGAGCAUCUAUGGAGAGCAGCGAGGCUGCAGAGCGCUUCACAGACCACAAAUUAGGAACCUGCUGCUGCUGUCCUCCAAAGGCAGAUAUCUCCUCCUCCUCUCUCCGAAUGCCAAGGCAGGGACUGGUGCCUGGGUGGUGGUGGGAGCAGAGCAGGUAGAGAGUACCUCUGGAAAUUUAGGAGCAGGAGAUGUGCCUGGCUUGUCCCGUGACUGUGAAUGAACUGCUAAGUUUGGACAUCCUUUUUUCCUUCCACCAGAAAGCGGAGGAUACUUUGGUGGAGCUUCUAGAGAUGAAAAUGUGCUUUGAAAAAGUGUUAUUAUGAUUGUUCUGGCAGUUUUUGCUAGCAUUGCACCCAAAUGUGAGUGAGCACUCCUUAAGGUCUGGACGGAAAUUUUCCUGGUGUAUAUAAGGAGAGGGCAGUGAUGGGAAAGCCAGGAUGAGAAGGCUUCAUACCCAUGCCCUACUGAUUUGUGGGGGCCAUCCCAGAAAGAGGCCAAGCUCUUCUUCUGAGCCCCCCAGCCCAAUGAUAGCAUAUUAAAUGGUAGGCACCAGCUGUGUCAGACAGAGAGGGGAAGGCAAAUGGGAAGAUUUCAGCAAGCUACUUGCUGGAGAAAUGGUGGGAGCUUUGAGUCUCUCCUGCAGACAAAGUUCAGCAAUCACUGGAUCCCACAACCACACCAUGGGCUCUGCUGGAGGAGCUGAUAUUGCUUUUUAAACCCCCAAAAUACUGGACCCAAAGACAAGAGGUAAAAGGGGAUCCAUCUCUGCUUGCCGAUUGCAUGGACAAACUGCAAGCCAAACCCAGUUUUUGGGGUCCCAGAAGACCUUCUUACAGGAGACCCCUCCUUGUACAUCCCAGAGCAGAGCUCCUGUCUGCAAACCACAUCAGACCCAAUAACAGGACUCACUGCCAACCUCCAAAAGGGUUUUUGCAUGCCAGGUCUCAAAACAUGCCAUUGCUACGUUGCUGGUUGCUUGGGUAGAGAUCCUGCAGCAGGUCCCUUGCUUGGUAUUGAUGUACCAGAGUAAAUAAAAGCCUAGUCAACAGGGUUCCCCACAAGGACUGAGGCUGUGUGUGUUUUCUUCAUGCCCUUCUUGGUAGCGGUCCCAGUCCUGCGUGCAGCAAAGCAGAACUCACCAAUGUCCAGCUUACUGUUGGUAUUUCUGAGCACCUUUUGUCUUGUGAAAAGAACUUUUACCUUUUUCUUUCUUUGAGCAUUAAUGGAGCAUUUUUGUGGUCGGUCUCUGGAAGGGUUUGAAGCUGGGCAGAGGAGGAGAAAUGCUCCUCGGGUGGAUCUCACCUUUCUGCCUGAGCUGGGGGUGGGAGGUGAGUGGGGCACUCUGAUUUCUCUCUCCCAUAGGGCAGAUGAUCCACGUUAUAACACUCACUGAAACUCACCCCACACCAUUUCAGCAGCCCAUAAAGGCUUUCAGGUACUCCACUCCGUCCCAUCUCCUAGGGGAAUUUCGUCUCAGUUUGUUCAGCACAGCAGGGUACCCUCCCUCCCCUUCCUCAGCUGGCAAAUUCCCAGCAGAAGAGCCCCUGCUUGGAGGAGUCAGCAUCUACAAAUUCCUCUUCUAGUCACAGAUGUCUCUCCAGGGUCACAGGUGCCUUUUCUUUUAAUUAGCCACUCCUAAGAAAAAUAAGAAAAACCCUAAACCGGCAUAGGGAAAUGUUACAAAUUGGAAUCUGGUAUUUCUGGGUCCCCAAUUUACCUGUCUCUGUGCCCUUUCCCUGUAAAUUUAUCCUACAAAAGUGUCACAGCUCCAGAUUUUGGGAGCCCCUAAGCAAAAAGCAGCACAGUUGUGAAUGAGAUGUCAUCUUCAGUGCCUCAACACAACUCAGGUUGAGACCACAACUCAGCAGGACCCCAGGGUGGGUGGUCCAGGCCGUGCUCUCCAGAGUCCUCUGAAAAAGGAUGGAGAUAUCUGGGGUGAUAUCUGCCCUACCGUGCCAGUCCAUGGCCACAGACACCUGUGUUAGUGGGUGGAGGAGAUGGAGGGACCCUCAGUUGUCUCUCUGGUCAAUGUAAAAACUGCAACCACUGGUGCAAGCACAGCUCCUGAUGCCACCAGCAGCAGAGGAUGCUCUCCGCACUGUCCCCAGAUGAAGGUGGAGGAGGACAGUGGGGGACCAGCAUCUCCUGCCACCGCUGAUGGCAGUGCCAGCCCUCAGAACCAUCCAGCUGGAAGCGGCAGCUACCAGCUUUGGCUCGGUAGCUGCCUUUAAUCAAUGCUGUAAUCAUUUCUAAGCCCACAUUAAUAGCGAGUUGAUUAGCACAAUGGUCCUCUAUGACAAUUCAUUAGCAUGAGCACCAGUCAGGAGGGAAUCGAUGGGGACUGAUGGUCUGACCUUCCCUGGCAGCAUCCCAGGGGGAGUCUCGGGCAUCUUUUAUUAGCACUCCUAGAAAACACCAAACCCUCCAAAAGCGGCUCUUUUUCAUGGCUCUGUCUGCUCCGCUUCUAUUGAUCCAGACCACUCAAGAGUGCCAGUGAGCUCAGGGAGCUGAUGGCAUCGUUAAUAUUUCAAUUGUCUUUAAUUCCGAGAAGCAAUAAAAGGCCUGGGCUGGAUCAUUUCUGGUAUUUAAGGAGCUCGGGGGGGUUGUCCAGAGAGAGGGCUCUCUGCAGUGCUAGAGCUUUGUGGCAGCAACCACCAAAAAGCACAAGGCUCCAGCAGCUGGACUAGGGCCAAGGACUGGUGCUGGGGUCACACCAUGGCCCAGGUACUUCCUAAAGAGCCUCUUCCCAUAGCUGUGUCCCGUCCUGUCCCACCCCAACACUUACAGCUUGUCCCUACAGGAUAGGCAGUGAUUAUUUAGGUAUGCUGGAGCAAGCACUCUGGUCAUUAUUGUCCCCAUGGGCACAAUGGGGCUUUUCCUCUCUUAGGUCACGACACUUGGGAAGCAGUUAAGUUAGGGGUUGGACCCGACGAUCUCUUGAGGUCCCUUCCAACCCCUACAAUCCUGUGAUUCAAGUCAAGAAGUGAAGGAGUGGACAGUCAGUCACACCUUCAUCAGUCAUUACUUGUUAAUUUUCAACCCCAUAAAUUGCACAGGGCUCACAGCUCACCCUGGCCAUGACGUAGGACCACGUUAUCUUCACCCUCACCGAAAACUCUUUGUUGUGUGCCUCUGUCCUGUUUCUAAACAAAAUGCAUUUCUUCUGAGAAGUAGCAGCUGUGCAUGGCUGUAUCCAUUUCUGGCCCAGCUUUUGGGUCGAGUUUUCAUCUGAUGGUGUUCACAGACAUGUAAGACUGUGGCCAUUACCCAUCACUUUUGGUUUGUCCCACUGACAGUGCCAAUAGCCGUGACACCAAACCUGUACUACCUCAACCCCUCAACUGCUUCAGUGUUUCUGUCACCUCAGUCCAUCUUUUCCUCCUUUCAUCAAGACAUCUCCCUGUGCUUGCUUGGAUGACAAUGGCAGCUCUUGCCAGGGAUGAAUGGGGACCCUACAGCGAUGGGGAUCUCGUUUUCUCCCAAUUUUCUUUAGUAGAGCAGACGUACAAAGAGUGAUGCUCCCUGUUCAUUACCACCCAGUAGAUGAGUACAAUACUUGCUUUGGAGACAGUCCAAUCACACCAGAAUCAAGAAAGAGGACCAAAGAAGAAUUUUAACAGUACCCUUCUGACACUAAAAUUCACAAAAAUUCAGUCAUAAGAAUAGCCAUCAAUGAGAUCAUGCCAGUCCAUGUUCUAGAGGCAUUUGGAUAAUGUCCCUCAAUAGUAUGCUUUAACUUUUAGGGUAGCCCUAAAGUGGCCAGGCAGUUGGACUUGAUGAUCUUUGUAGGUCCCUUCCAACUGAUCUGUUCAAUUCUAUUGUAAAAACUUUCCCAAGAACAGACAUCCCAAGUCAGAUCAAGGACAAAAAAAGGGUUGCUGUUCCAAAAGCCUGUCUGCAGCAGUAGAUGGCAGCAGAUUUCCAGGGUAAAAUGAUAAGAACAAGGUCAAGGAGAGGUAUAACAGAAACAGCUGUGAGAGAUCCUUAGCUGCAAAUCUAGUCUGCCUUGGAAGAGCCAGGCCCAGAAUCUCGCCCAGAUGGGCUGUAAGCAAGCCCACCUCCCUCAUCGUCUUCCUUAUCUUUGAUACUAGUCUUCAUUAGGUAUGGGAUGGGAACUAAACCUAGCAAAAAAUCGGAAUAACCUGGGUGCACGUCUCCUCUUUGUCUCUUC